CUGACACGCACUGCAGUCGCUGUGCCUCCUUCAGUCAGUAGAAUGAAAGAAAAAAAGAAAAAACACAUAAUUUCCCUCCACAUAAGCUUCUGCUGUGUUUCAACUAAAGGAUAUAUCUCAGGGUGUAUUGAAGUAUACUAUAGCGGAUUGACUUUCAUUGAUGGCAUCUAUAUCAAAAGCCCAGUUGGCUCCCUUGCCAAGGACAGAGGUCCUUGUCUAUUGGGUGCUUUCCUUGGGCUCUCAUCUCUACUCUUUCUAUCAACUUCACAGGUUCAGCAAAGAGUAUGAAGCGGGAUUAGAGAGAGAAUUCCAGUUGGAAAAGGGCCUUGUUAAGGGUUUUAAAAGGGACCCUUUAGAUUUUGAGUGGAAUUUCUGGACUGACUGGGCUAAGCACUCUUUACUGUGGACUCUGAUUGGUCAUGCUGUCUUAUCAAGAUUAACCAGCAUUUUUUACCCCAAGCUUAGAGUGCCAGCACUUGCGAUAUAUGGCUUCUUAGCAGCCAGCAGUGUUUUGGGGAUUAAAGGUGUGAGUGUGCUGCUAGUACAUCUGGGCUUGUCCUUUUCUAUGGCCCAGCUGCGAAAGCCCGCUCUGUCGUGGGCAUGUAACCUGCUGCUGCUCUACACACCUCAUAUCAAGGAACUUCAAGACCUCCAGAGAGGCUGGUAUGAGAGUGAUGAGGAGCACUAUCUGCUGCUCUUCAGUGUUGCUGUUUGUGGUCUGCGCUUCAUCAGCUUCAGCCUGGAGCAUUGCUGGAGCCCUGAAGACCAUUGCAGUGUUGUGCAGCUUUGCUGGCUGUUUUCGUAUACCUUCUAUCAUCCUUUUUUCUAUAAUGGACCCAUUAUAACCUACAAAAACUACAUUGAGCAGAUGCAGAAGUCUGCGGAGGAAAGCAACAGGGAUGAAUCUGCCCUUAGUUACUUGGUGCUCAGAUUAGGACGGAUCAUUUUGUGGUGGUGUAUUGCAGAAUACAUGAUCCACGUCAUGUACAUGCACUCCAUCCAGUCUAAUGAGACCUACAUAGAAAUUCUUCCUCCUUGGGCCUUAGGUGGUCUUGCUCUAGCUGUGGUCCAGUUCUUCUAUGUGAAGUAUCUGGUACUGUUUGGCCUUCCAUCCAUGCUCGCUACUUUGGAUGAGCUGGUUCCCCCAAAGCUUCCCCGUUGUGUCAGCAUCAUGUACAGUUUCACAGGCAUGUGGAGGCACUUUGAUGAGGGGCUGUAUCGAUGGCUCAUCAGAUACAUCUAUGUUCCACUGGGAGGUUCACGCCAUGGUCCUCUUUGCAAAAUGUUUUCCACUGGUGUUGCGUUCGGAUUCGUCUGCCUCUGGCACGGCGGACAUGACUUCUUACAGUACUGGGCCCUGAUGAAUUGGGCUGGAGUUCUGGUGGAAAAUACUGUGAAGUCCCUCUUUGCCUCGACCUUUAUUCACUCCGUAGUUGAGCAGAAUUUCUCUGCGGUGAUGAAAAGGCGAUGCAUCGCCCUUGUCUUUGCCUUCUCCACUGCUAUGCUCAUCCUUUCUAAUCUGGUGUUCCUUGGGGGAAUACAUGUUGGCAGAAUCUUCUGGAAGCGUGUCUUCAUUCACGGCUGGUCUACCAUGGCCCCACCAAUGCUAGCUUUCCUCUACUGCUAUGCUCAGAUUGGACUUGAGUGGACUCCUCACCCACCGUGAGUCACCUUGACUUAAGAGCAGCGACUGAGAAUCCCUGCUACUGGACAGAUACAACAACCUGCUGACUCCACUGCCUUGCUCUCACCAGCCAGAGUCUCACUGUGGUGGACCUGGCUCAUAGCCACACAACCUGUCCAAACCUGGCUGAAGUACGGCUGAGCAGCCACUUUCCAAAACCCGCAGGUCUGCACAAAAUUUGUCUGUAAGCUGAUACUUACAGAGAAAGUUUUCUGAACUUUGGGUGAAAUGUAAGUGUACCCAAACUGUAAUAAAAUGCUGAAAAUUUAGGGCAGUCUGUAAUAGCAGUCGUGAGGCAGUAAGCUAGAUGAAAUCACUGCUAUUCUAAGAAACUGUAAAAGAAAAUGUGGACUCUCUCUCUUGGUUAUAUGACUUUGACAAGGUAUUGCUCGGAGUUGCAGGAAGCUGAAGAAAGUACCAUCUUCCUGUAGCUCUCCACAAAAAACAAUCAGAUGUAGAUGGCUGACAAAAAAAAAAAGCAUAUGCAGCUUCGGCUUUUGAUUCAAAAUACGAAUCGUGUUGAUUAUCAGUUUAUUACAUCUGGGAUGUAAUGAAUGACAAGCUGUUACAGCUUGUGAAAUAAACACAAGCUGUUUUUGGCUUAUUUGUUGUUACAUAGUAAAUCACCUUUCAUUUCCAAAAUGUCAACAUAACAACUAAAUUUAGACAAAAGUAAAAUCUCAUUUUGUUGCAAAACUCAUCCGCCAUCUGUCCAAAUCUGUCAAGUACUUGGUCAUCAAGGACUGUCAGAAUGUGCCUGCUCAGUCAAAGCAAUGCGAUUAACACUGAGGGUUAUGAAACAGCAGAGGAGUCCAAUCCAUUUGUGAUUUACUGUAAAGCUUGUGUUUCAAGGGGGUUUUGCAAGUCAUAGGCUGAUUACACCGGUGAGAGUGACACUGCUGAAUAAUGUGCAUUAGAGCUGAUAGAUGUUGUUGGACGUAAAUAAUGCCGACUGACUCUUUUUUUUUGAAGAAAAAACCAUUUAGCAGUGUGUUUGUGUGUGUGUUGGGGGGUAUUUAAGGCACUUUCAAAUUGUAUGUUCAAAGUUACACUGCCAGAUUAAAUGUCAAUGUAUAUUA